AAGGCGGGGGCGCAGCCCUCCGUAGUGGUGGCAGAAGAGGGGCUGGGGGGGUGGCGGCCACCGAGUUCCCCCCUCUUAUUUUUCUCCUUCGCCCGGGACCCGGCGGCGUCUGCUGGUGGCUUCUUCGUUGACGGCGCCCCCCCUUUUCCCGCUCCCUCGUUCUCCUCCCCAAUUUUCGGGGGGGAAGAGGCCUCUCCCCCCCUCAGCCCACAUAACACACCCCGUCUCUUUCCCCGCCUGGCGGGCGCCCAGUGCGGUGGUUGGGCGGGUGCUGGUGCGGGCACUCGCUCGCUCCCUCUCUGCGUUUGGAAUAUGGUUGGGGAAAUGGAAACCAAGGAGAAGCCGAAGCCGAGCCCCGAUUACCUGAUGCAGCUGAUGAACGACAAGAAGCUCAUGAGCAGCCUCCCCAACUUCUGUGGGAUAUUCAACCACCUCGAGAGGCUGCUGGACGAAGAAAUUAGCAGAGUACGGAAAGACAUGUAUAACGACACAUUAAAUGGUAGUACGGAGAAGAGAAGUGCAGAGUUACCUGAUGCUGUGGGACCUAUUGUACAGUUACAAGAGAAACUAUAUGUGCCUGUAAAAGAAUAUCCAGAUUUUAACUUCGUUGGAAGAAUCCUUGGGCCCAGAGGGCUAACAGCUAAACAACUUGAGGCUGAAACAGGAUGUAAGAUAAUGGUCCGAGGCAAAGGGUCCAUGAGAGACAAGAAAAAGGAAGAACAAAACAGAGGCAAGCCCAAUUGGGAACAUCUCAAUGAAGACUUGCAUGUACUAAUCACUGUGGAAGAUGCUCAAAACAGAGCAGAAAUCAAACUGAAGAGGGCUGUGGAAGAAGUAAAAAAAUUACUGGUACCUGCAGCAGAGGGAGAAGAUAGCCUUAAAAAGAUGCAGUUAAUGGAACUUGCAAUUCUCAAUGGCACCUACAGAGACGCCAAUAUCAAAUCACCAGCCCUUGCCUUUUCUCUUGCAGCGACAGCCCAGGCUCCAAGGAUUAUCACAGGGCCUGCGCCUGUUCUCCCACCAGCUGCUCUGCGUACCCCUACGCCAGCUGGCCCUACCAUAAUGCCUUUGAUCAGACAAAUACAGACCGCUGUCAUGCCAAAUGGAACUCCUCACCCAACUGCUGCAAUAGUUCCCCCAGGACCUGAAGCUGGUUUAAUUUACACACCUUAUGAGUAUCCCUACACACUGGCACCUGCUACAUCAAUUCUUGAGUAUCCUAUUGAACCCAGUGGUGUAUUAGGUGCGGUGGCUACUAAAGUUCGAAGGCACGAUAUGCGUGUCCAUCCUUACCAAAGGAUUGUGACCGCAGACAGAGCCGCCACCGGCAACUAACCUAUGACCUUCUGACCUCUGAACUCUUCACCCAAUGAUGACCUGACCAUGCCUGCCUGCUGAUCAGUUAACUGGUAAUCGCCUUUGCUUGCCUGUCUUCAGUGCAGCGAGCUGAGGCACUUGUCCGUUCGUCUUACCAUCUAACAAAAAGACAAAGAAUUUGUUGUCCUCCAAUUCAGCUUUUUUUCCCUGUUUGGGUGAAAGUGGUUCUAGAACCUGCACUGAAUAGUAGUAAAGCAAUAAGGUCCAAUUCAUCCCUCCGCACUGAUCAUCUUUUAGUGUCCCACCCUAAACGAAUGGUAAGAAGGGCCUCACUUAAGAGAUGGAGGCAGAUGUCAUUUAACUCCCUGAUGACAGAGGCAGUUACUGUGAGACUUCUAGGAAUCUUUUUCUUCUCAUAAAGAAGUCAAAGCUCUCUUUGAAUGUACUGUGUGAUGAUGCAUCAUGCAUGAACCUUUGGUCAGGGAUGUCAUUGGUGAAGGGAUUCCUAAAAGUAUUCAAAAUUUGACAUGCAGUGUAGUCACUACCAAUGCCCUCAAAGGGUAGAAGAUGCAGCCUUUUUUAUAUUACCUGCCAAAUUGGGUGUUUUUAAGAAGAAAAAAGUGCCAUGAAAAAUAGGUUACUGGAUUUUUGAACUACAUCAAUGCAUAAACAAAACAGCAACACUAUUGAAGCUAAACCUGAGAUACAGUUUCUUUUACUAUACAUCAGCUUCCUUAAAAGAUUACACGAGUACAAGGUACAUGCAUUAUGCGUCACGUUACUGGGCAAACUGUUCAAAUAUUUUUUUAAACCUCCCUGUAUAGAAAAAAUUCAUAAGGAUGUAAAAGCCAUGCUUGCCUAUUUGCUGUAUACAUGUAAUGAAAUUGUAGAUAAAGUGUAGUGCAUUGAAACAAAUUGAAAAAAAAAGUAGAUACUUUUACUAUACAAGGGUGCUGGUGCAGAAAAAAUAUAUAUUUUUGGAAAUGUAGCAUUUUAUACUUUCAAGUGUUAUAAAAAAAGAAAAAAGAACAAAGAAACCCUUUAUUUCAUUAAAUGAUUUUUUCUGGUGGUUGUCGAGAAACAAAAGACCAAAAGAGCCUUUUUGUCUUUCUUUUUUAUUUUUUAAGUAUUGGAAUAAGUAUAAAGAAAAGAAAGUGCCUUAUUUUCUUCAUGGUCAUUUAGUCAGAUGUCUCGUAUAAUCAGCUCCUCCCUCAGACAGCAAGUUAAUGCAUGCCACUCAGUCGCCCAGUAUGUGAAAAGAAGCUGUGAGGAAAGACAAAUGAGUUGACCAUUUAAAUUACCUGGUUUUUGCCAUAGCGUGAUGCAUCUUUGCCAGAUCCUAAACUGUGAAAUAGAAUUGUUCCACCAACAGCCAACCGCAUAUUUUUGUAACAUGUUCCCUCUUCAAUUGUAGACAAUAUAUUUUUAUAGUACUUGCUCAGCCUUAAACCAAAGGGUUCUAAGAUGCAGUCUCAUUCUAAAUCAAAGUUUCAGAUUACAAUAUUUAUACAGUAGCAAGUGUUUAUUUCCCCCCAUCACCACCACUUAGGGAUAGGUUGUAUUGUCUCUAUUUGAAAUAGAUGCAGGAAAGUAUAAUAUAACUUGAACUUGCUACAGGAUAUUUUUUUUCUGUGACUAAACAGAACAUUCAGACAGCCUGUCUUUGAGCAUAUUUUAGGUUUUUGUAUGUUUCAUCUACAAUGCCAAAUAGAGUAUACAGUGCAUAAUUCUCAUCAAACUCCUACUUGAUGAAUGUUAACUGCUGGUUGCGCUUUACUGGAAAGAUAGAGUAUCAGUUAACUAUCUUGAAAGUCCAGCUAUGCUUCAGUUUGAGUAAAAAAAAAAGGAUAAAUAGUUAGGCUAGUGGUAUUAAACACUUUACGCACAAAGGUGAAGUAUAAAAAUAACAAGCAAGUAGCAAUAUGCUCGUGGCUUUGAACCAGAUUUGGCAAAGAUCAGGUGAUAACCUGCCCCCUCCAUUGUGUCAACUUAUUCCCCUUAUAACCUUCACAGCUUCCAAAUUAAAGGUCAAUAGUAAGUUAGGUAAGAGGGCUUAUUUUUUAAGCACCUGCAUGGUGACUUUAUCAACAUUAUGUCUCACCUGGAAACAAGUAUAAGUUUAUUUACUAUGCAAUAAACAUUCAUCCUUUUUGUACUCAGCUAGCUUUUCUUUUAUCCUGCCACUGGCUUGUCUUCCUGUUACACAUAGGUUUUUUUGGUUUGACUUUCAGUAUAUGCUGUGCCAUUUUGAGUUUUGUUUGGUUGAAUAAACUUGCGACACUCAAACACUUUGGAGAGAGAAUUGCUAAAACAUUACCAGUAUUUGAUCCAGUUUCAUCUCAACUGUGAUAAACCUGGACAUUUUUAGAUGCUGAUCAAAGGUCUCUUCUUGGGAGAAGUGUGACUUGUAAAAGUAAUGUUUGUUCUGAAAAAAGUUUGAAGACUUAGUUGACAACAUUUUGGAUCAACUUAAAAGCAUGACUUUUGAAAUCUCUGAAUGCCUUGGUUCUCAGUAUUAUCAUUCUUUAUUGAAUUUUUCUUUAUUAAAAUAUGUAGUUUAAGUCUUUUUUUCUGACAGUAUUAUGUAAUUUUUUUUAGAGUGGGUAUAUGGGAGUGUCGCUUGUAUGUAACCGUACAGAUGACAUGUAUUUGUCUAUUACUUUAUCUUAGUUUGAUGCUAUGUAUGUACCAUAACCAACCUAUUGCCUAUGAGAAACAUGUAAGAUAAUGUAUUUACAGCCAUUGUUACAAGUUUAUAAUGUAUUUUUCUAUCUUGUUUUAUAUGUAUGUUAUAUAACAUUCAGAAGAAUUUUUUUCCUGAUUGAGAAAAGGAUACAAAAAUGCAAAACUCACAAUUUUGAUAACAGAAAAUUGCCAAUUGUUUUGCAGUACUUUAUUAUUAUAUUGGGAGUGUUGUCUUUCUUGGGCUUUUAGUUAGCUACUGGAUUGAAUACAUUAGACAUAUUUGGGUUUUAGUUGGGUUUUUACAUAGCUUGCAUUUUAAUUCUUUGGUUCUUUGCUGUUUCUAUUAACCCAUAGCAUUAUUUUAAUAAAUGUUAUAAUACCAACCUACUAA